AUGUCUUUAGGUGGUACUCCAUAUGGUUUCGUUGCAAACAAUAAUGAAAUUCCUGAUAAGAUAGUGAAAGGACUAAGACUUCCUCAGCUUCAAUAUAUUAAUGAUGAGAUGUACCAAAUAAUGUUGGAUUGUUGGCAGCUGGACUUUACUGAAAGACCUUCCUUUGUUGAGCUAGGUGAAUCUUUAGAGAGCUUGAAGAAAAACGACUUGAUUCCAUAUAUUACGUUUAGUACAUUCCCUAAUUUUCAGUAUGAGCAGUUUUAUCCUGAUAUGGAACUUGCUGUAAGACCAGUGUUUUAAUUAGUAUCGUACGCAGAUUGUUCCACAUAUUAACUGUUUAAACGUACUGACUCUCUAUUUUCUAUUUCUUUUUUAAUUUGUGGAACACUCUGUAAUAUUUGUAGAGUAAAAAUUAUACGUAUCAAUAAUAUUUUUACAUAUAUUUAUG